AUGCCUUUCACCUACGCCUAUAAUCACGACCUCUCCAUGCCUUACGACAGACUAUUUUAUCAAAGUUUUGCCACUGGUAUCCAGGUUGAGCUCGAUACAUCUGCUUUCCUUCAAAAACUCCGGCAGUAUUUCCUUGGCUCUGUGAAUAGUCCUUCUCGACGUCUUCGAUCACUUUUGUUUAAUGUGCCCCAGCCUUUGGCAGAACCCUUGCCGUCGACGCGGUCGUUAUUUUCGCCCCGAGGUGGACGUCUAUCUGCGAAGAGUAACAAGUUAUUCCUCGUACCUAGUGCGCCUUUCUGGUACAAUCAUGCUACGCCCCUAUGCUCCUUCGACGCUGCGACGCCGCGUGCUUCAGGAUUGGCGCAGCUUCAAGAGGAGAUAUAUAGAGAUGCAUUCACCAAACGAAAUGCACUGGAGAGAAGUAGCACGGGUUAUGUACUGAGGAUCCAGCUGGCCUGCAUGCACUCUCUCCCUCCCAGUCUGGAAGGUCCCAUCUGUCUAACCGCAGCUUUUUUACAUGCAAAUGACUCCUCCUCUUUCCCGUGCUCUCUCCCAAGCAAACAGUUCGCGAUGCCAAGCUCGGUUCUGCAUCGAGGCGACUACGGACUUUUCCCAGAGUGCACUGACACUUUUUUGAAGAUCAAGAAACGAGCGUUGGCUGUUUUAGUGAUCUGGUCAGAGCGUGUUGCAAGGAGCGAAUGGUGCACGGUGGAUUGGUGGGGUCGCUCCUGGCCAUUUGCAGCUAGUUGGGAGUUCAGGCAUUGGGCAAGGGUUCGCAGAGAUACAUCAUCCGCAAUUGCAAGGCUUUACGAAGGUGGCACGACAACGGCUGCAUCUGAGUCGAGUGUGACUUCGCGCUCGUGGGGGAUCGUGGUCGACCCGUUCCACGAUUUCACCCAUUCUGCGUGGACAGAGAUUGAUGAUGAGGUCGCGUUACUGUGGUUUGCGGAACGAAGGAGGAAGAGAAUGGAGAAACGUUUGAAAUUAGAGAGGGAGUUGGACGAUGGCGAAAAGGGCGGGACCGCGAGGACCGCACCUGAAGAUUACGACGAAAUUGGCGAAAAAUCAUCGGUCAUUGGGGGCGAAUCUUCAAAACGACAAGGACAUUCCCGUCUUCCCGCACUCCAUCGAUGGUUUCUGGGUACAGAGACAGAUCGCUGA